GCCGUUGCCACCCUUUGGCUGUUGUGAGCGGUGCUGCUCUGAGCAUGUGUGUGCCUGUAUUUGCUCAGUCCCUGUCUCCAGCUUUCCUGGGCUUCUCCCUGGGAGUGGAACUGCUGGGUCCUAGAUUUGGCUUUCUGGGGAGCUGCCACACUGUUUUCCACUGCACACUUCAGCACUGAAACAUCAGGAGGCGUCCACCGUGUAGUGAUGGGGGGUGUCCACGUGGCUGAUAUGUAGGGCCACGGGGGUUUCCAGACAGGUGCCUGCAGUGGGCCUGGGGCAGCCCAGCUCCAGCCUGACACACAUGCUCCCCUCCCUCCCUCUGGGCCAGGCUGCCCCACUCCAUCUUUCUGCUUAAUCUUCUCAGGGCCCAGGAGGUUUCACCACGUUGGCCAGGCUGGUAUUGAACUCCUGACCUUGCAUGAAGCACAAGUCCUCUCUAGGUUCAAGGUUCCAUGGUCUGACCCAGCUUUACCCCAGCCACGCUGACCUUGGAGGCCCUCCCCUGCCUGCAGGGCUUUGCCACUCCCUGAGUGCCCCUCCCAACCCCUUCACCGGUCCAUCCCCGAGCUGUCCACACACAGGCAGGCGGGCUGUUCAUUUCACUGCCACUCAGUGCCAGCACCAGCCAGGACCCCCACCCAGGGCUUGUCAUUGAAGAGCUCGGCCCCCACCGGCCUCCAGCUCCCCCUUCCCUGCAGCCAGAGGGAUCCCAGAAGCCCCGUCAGGCAGGGCAGACCACCCUCGACUCAGGACGCCCAGCAGCUCUGUCACACAUGGGGUGAAGGUCCCUGGAGGCCCGCCUCCUGCAGUCACCUCCCCUAGGUCUCUUUCCUUCCCCUGUUCAUGCCUCUGUUCCACCCUUCCCCACUAGAACGGGCAUCCCUGAGGCCAGGGCUGUGCAAGCUUCCAGUGGCUGCCGCCGCAAGUCCCCACCCCGUCAGCCGCACACAUGGCAGAGACAUUAGCUCCCCGGCCUGUCUGAAAGGUGUCUCCUGGGCUGAAGUCAACGCGUUGGCGGCCGGGCGUGCUUCUGGAGGCUCCAGGGAGACUUUGUUUCCUGCCCUUUGCUGCCCGCCCACUUUCCUGGGCUCUCCCCAUCAUUCUCUCUGCCUCCACCUACGGUCAUGGCUGCUUCCUUGACUCAGCCCUUCAUGCCUCAUUCUUAGCUGCAGAGAGACGAGGCGGCGGCUGCUGUGUUGGGGGCAGUGAGGAGGAGGCCCUUGGUGGUGCUCAUGGCUGGCCAGGACCCCGCGCUGAGCACGAGUCACCCGUUCUACGACGUGGCCAGACAUGGCAUUCUGCAGGUGGCAGGGGACGAUCACUUUGGAAGAUGCGUUGUCACGUUCAGCUGCUGCCGGAUGCCACCCUCCCAUGAGCUGGACCACCAGCGGGUGCUGGAGUAUUUGAAGUACACGCUGGACCAGUACGUCGAGAACGAUUAUACCAUCGUCUAUUUCCACUACGGGCUGAACAGCCGGAACAAGCCGUCCCUGGGCUGGCUCCAGAGCGCAUACAGGGAGUUCGACAGGAAAUACAAGAAGAACUUGAAGGCCCUCUACGUGGUCCACCCCACCAGCUUCAUCAAGGUCCUGUGGAACAUCCUCAAGCCGCUCAUCAGUCACAAGUUUGGGAAAAAAGUCACCUAUUUCAACUACCUGAGCGAGCUCCAUGAACACCUUAAAUACGACCAGCUGAUGAUCCCUCCCGAAGUUCUGCGGUACGAUGAGAAGCUCCAGAGCCUGCACGAGGGCCGGACGCCGCCUCCCACCAAGACGCCGCCCCCGCGGCCCCCGCUGCCCACGCAGCAGUUUGGCGUCAGUCUGCAAUACCUCAAAGACAAAAAUCAAGGCGAACUCAUCCCCCCCGUGCUGAGGUUCACAGUGACGUACCUGAGAGAGAAAGGCCUACGCACCGAGGGCCUGUUCCGGAGAUCCGCCAGCGUGCAGACCGUCCGCGAGAUCCAGAGGCUCUACAACCAAGGGAAGCCCGUGAACUUUGACGACUACGGGGACAUUCACAUCCCUGCGGUGAUCCUGAAGACCUUCCUGCGAGAGCUGCCGCAGCCGCUUCUGACCUUCCAGGCCUACGAGCAGAUUCUCGGGAUCACCUUUCUGCCCCUGGCCCCCUCUGGAGCUCAGGAGGGAGCCCCUGCCGUUCCAGGUGUGGAGAGCAGCCUGCGCGUCACCUGCUGCCGCCAGAUCCUACGGAGCCUUCCAGAGCACAACUAUGUUGUCCUCCGUUACCUCAUGGGCUUCCUGCACGCGGUGUCCCAGGAGAGCAUCUUCAACAAAAUGAACAGCUCUAACCUGGCCUGUGUCUUUGGGCUGAAUUUGAUCUGGCCAUCCCAGGGGGCCUCCUCCCUGAGUGCCCUUGUGCCCCUGAACCUGUUCACGGAGCUGCUGAUCGAGUACUAUGAAAAGAUAUUCAGCGCCCCAGAGGCACCUGGGGAGCCCAGCCUGGCACCACGGCAACAGGGGAGCAGGGCAGCCCCUUUGCAGGAGGCUGUGCCGCGGACACGAGCCACCGGCCUCACCACGCCUACCAUACCUCCGAGUCCCCUGACGGCGGCCAGAAGAUGUCUCUAGUGUUGCAAACAUUCUGUGUAUUUCAAGCUACCUCCCACCCUUGUCAGUGCACUUGUGUGUUUUGUAAACUUGCCAUCUGUAAAAAUAACCCUGCCUUAGAUGAACUCACAACCUUCUAAUGAAAACUCCAUGCCUCUGGUCCUUGGACUCCUCUAUGGUUCCUGAGCUGUGGACUGGGCUAGAGUAAUGCA